UGUCAUUUCUUUGUUUCCGAAGGCGGAGGAAGCUCUGAGCGCCCCCCUCCCUCCUCCCUGUCCCACCCCCUCCCCCCCGGGUGCUGGCUCCAUGUCUGUGUGACCGGCCCCAGGGGUAGAGUCCAGGCCCGACGCGGGGCGGGCCGGUGGCGGCGGCGGCUGCGGCUGAGGUGAGAGACGGCUGCGGCGGCGGCGGCGCGGGCACCCGGCCCCCCAGCGGGAGGAUGAAGCGGCGGAACGCCGACUGCAGUAAGCUCCGCCGCCCCCUAAAGCGAAACCGGAUCACCGAGGGAAUCUACGGCAGUACAUUUUUAUACCUGAAGUUCCUGGUGGUGUGGGCACUUGUCCUCCUGGCAGAUUUUGUCCUUGAAUUCAGAUUUGAGUACCUAUGGCCAUUUUGGCUUUUCAUCAGAAGCGUCUAUGAUUCCUUCAGAUACCAGGGACUGGCCUUCUCAGUAUUUUUUGUUUGUGUAGCAUUCACGUCAAAUAUAAUAUGUCUGCUAUUUAUCCCCAUUCAAUGGCUUUUUUUUGCUGCUAGUACAUAUGUGUGGGUUCAAUACGUAUGGCACACAGAAAGGGGAGUGUGUUUGCCCACAGUAUCCCUCUGGAUACUCUUUGUUUAUAUUGAAGCAGCAAUUAGAUUUAAAGAUCUCAAAAAUUUUCAUGUAGACCUUUGUCGCCCAUUUGCUGCUCACUGUAUUGGAUACCCUGUGGUGACUUUGGGCUUUGGCUUCAAAAGUUACGUAAGCUACAAAAUGCGGUUGAGGAAGCAAAAAGAAGUGCAAAAAGAGAACGAAUUUUACAUGCAGCUUCUUCAACAAGCCCUCCCUCCGGAGCAACAGAUGCUACAGAAGCAAGAAAAAGAGGCUGAGGAAGCAGCCAAAGGAUUACCUGAUAUGGAUUCCUCAAUCCUCAUACACCACAAUGGAGGUAUCCCAGCCAACAAAAAACUCUCUACAACUUUGCCAGAGAUAGAAUACCGAGAAAAAGGGAAAGAAAAAGACAAAGAUGCCAAAAAACACAACCUUGGAAUAAAUAACAACAAUAUUCUACAACCUGUAGACUCUAAAAUACAAGAAAUUGAGUAUAUGGAAAACCAUAUCAAUAGUAAAAGAUUAAAUAAUGAUCUUGUGGGAAGUACAGAAAAUCUCUUGAAAGAGGACUCAUGCACUGCUUCCUCAAAAAACUACAAAAACGCCAGUGGAGUUGUGAACUCCUCACCUCGAAGUCACAGCGCCACGAACGGGAGCAUCCCUUCCUCAUCUAGUAAAAAUGAGAAGAAGCAGAAAUGCGCCAGCAAGAGCCCGAGCGCUCACAAGGACCUAAUGGAGAACUGCAUCCCUAAUAACCAGCUGAGCAAGCCGGACGCGCUGGUGAGGCUGGAACAAGACAUUAAAAAGUUAAAGGCUGACCUGCAGGCCAGCAGGCAAGUGGAACAGGAGCUCCGCAGUCAGAUCAGUUCUCUCUCAAGCACCGAGCGAGGGAUCCGCUCAGAAAUGGGCCAGCUCCGGCAGGAGAAUGAGCUGCUGCAGAACAAAUUACAUAAUGCUGUGCAAAUGAAGCAGAAAGAUAAGCAGAAUAUCAGCCAGUUGGAGAAAAAGCUAAAAGCUGAGCAGGAAGCCCGAAGUUUUGUAGAAAAGCAGUUAAUGGAGGAGAAAAAAAGGAAGAAGUUAGAAGAAGCUACUGCUGCCCGGGCGGUCGCAUUUGCUGCUGCAUCGAGGGGAGAGUGCACCGAAACCUUACGGAAUCGGAUCAGAGAAUUAGAAGCAGAGGGCAAGAAGCUCACAAUGGACAUGAAGGUUAAAGAAGACCAGAUCAGAGAAUUAGAGCUGAAAGUUCAGGAGCUUCGGAAGUAUAAGGAAAAUGAGAAGGACACUGAGGUGCUAAUGUCAGCCCUCUCGGCCAUGCAAGAUAAAACGCAGCACCUGGAGAACAGCCUGAGUGCAGAGACGAGAGUCAAGCUCGACCUGUUUUCCGCACUGGGGGAUGCAAAGCGACAGCUUGAGAUCGCCCAAGGACAAAUUCUUCAGAAAGACCAGGAAAUCAAGGACCUAAAACAGAAGAUAGCUGAAGUCAUGGCCGUCAUGCCCAGCAUAACGUACAGUGCUGCCACCAGCCCCCUGAGCCCCGUUUCCCCCCACUACUCUUCCAAAUUUGUGGAGACCAGCCCCUCUGGACUCGAUCCCAAUGCCUCUGUUUACCAGCCCCUGAAGAAAUGAAGGCCAGCAGUGUGUUUCGUUCAGCCAUCUGGUUAUCAGAAGGCGUCACAAAGGAGCGUCUCUGGCAGUCAAGAUUAAAAAAAAAAAAAGUUGAUAUUUUGUGGGACUGUAUAUGUUGUCGUUUUUAAAAAGGGGGGGAAAGAUAACAUCCAAGUCUGAUUAGAACUGCCCAUCAGUUUUUCUUGUAAAUUUUUAGAAGACCUCACAGAACUUUGCAGUUUAUUUUUCUCGGCCAAUACAUUAAAACCAUUCUUGGAUUUCAAGUAGCCAAUUUUGCCUUUUAUGUAUUCUUACAGUUUCCUCUUGAAGAAAAAAAAAAAAAAACGCAGAGUUUUUGCUUCUCAGCCCUUUAUUUUUGUUUUGUUCUUAAAUCAGCAAGCAAAACCUGCACAUUGGGUUCACAUGGGAUGAUAAUGAAAAAUUUUAGUUUUUAGUGUGAAAAGGUUCAAUAACCUAACACAGCUUUGAUCCCAUAGCUGCAUUGAAGAUAUUACAGAAAAUAAAAAUUGAUGACCCCUCCAAGGACCAAACAAAUUCAAGGAGUAUCAUUUCAGCCGAGGGGAGAGACUCAGGUGAUGAGACCAGCUGUGAGGGUGUCACAGGGUUUGUGUCUCAAAUGUGUAUGUUCCCAUCGGCGUGUUCAGUCCUGGAACAUAGCUAGCAGCAGUCUUGUUCACAGUGCCUUGGGAAAAGACAUUCAAGAGGAAACUCGAUCUUAAACGAUUUCCCCCUUUACCAUCGUCUAUCUUCUCUCUCUAACAAGCUCACUACGGAUCCUGCUGUGAAACUGGUGGGUAGCUGGGCUGGUUGUUGCCUCCACAGCCACGCCUUCUGGCUCCUCUCAUAGAAAGCACCACAGUGUUCUGAACUGGGCUCGAGGCGGCACCCUGGGAGGGGGAGCUGGGUGGUGGUUGCGUCCGAGAGACUGCAAUGCUGGCCAACAGAAGCUGCAGUUCUA